AUGGUCCGCCUUGGAAGGACACGGCUUCUCCCGGCUGCGCUUGUUGCUCUGAUUCUCGUCUCGGCAACGCGAGCCCAAGAUGACACGGUUAACUUCGGCUUCUAUCCGGGAGACUCCCAAGAUUGCCUGUACCAGGCGGCUACCAGCUCCAAGUGCAAGAGCAGCACCGUCGAGGCCACCAACUCGUGCUUCUGCCGAAAUGGUGGCGACUUUAUCACCACCGCAGCUGCCUGUAUCGGCCAGUCGUCCCCGAAUGUUCUGAAAAUGGUUUACCAGACAAUGCGCGACGCCUGCGCCGCCACGAGCACCCCGAUUGGCAUCACUGAAGACGAGUUCAUGGAGGCCGCAAAUGGUGCCACAACGACGACAUCUUCGAAGCGCGAAUCCAGCGAGACAACCUCAGAUAGCGCAACCACGACAGCUACAGUUACGGGCACGGUGACCACAACAGGACCGGCUAAGACAGUGUCUCAGGACGAUGAGCAACAGGGACAAGGGAGCACGGGGGGGAGCUCAGCGCUGACCACCGGCGCUCUGGCUGGUAUUGUAGCAGGGGCAAUCGGGGGCCUUGCAGUGCUGGGCGGCGUUAUAUACUUCCUCUUCCGGCGUAGGGGGAAGGCGGGCGAGGAGUCGCACCCAAUGCUCCCACAACACACGCAAGGCCAUCUCUCGACGGCACCUGCCGCGACUGAGUCGACGGCAUAUUACGGCAGCCCUCCGGACACGGGCGGCUGGCCCAAGAAGGACUGGGGCACUUCCCCCGACCUCCGAAACAGCGGCUUCAAUUGGGAAUCACCGGCGCACCUGUCCAUGACUUUCACCGGGGGGGCAUUGGCGCCGUCACCCCCGCCGCCGGUCCAAGAAUUGGACGGAGCCCAGCUGCACCCACCAGGCUCGACACUGGCGCCAGUCGAGAUGGGAGGGUCGCCGGUUGUGACGACGGCGCAGCCGGCCAGUGUUCAGUAUCAGGCCUACAACCCUGGGCAGCAGCAGCAUCCCGGGCCCGGAUGGAGCCAGACCUCGAGGUAG